CACCCACACUCUUAUUUUCGCCUCCGUCCACCACAACCUGAGGUAACCUCUUUUGAAUGCCUUCAUCGUGCUCAGGCAAUGCUCUUACACAUUCAGACAUCGGUACAUCUUCGUGACACGAUUACAACGCUGUUGAAACAUGGACACCACUGAUGCGCCUCCACCCCGGAAAAGAUCAAGUGCUCUCACGAAGGUGUCGGACAAACGGCUAAGGUGAACCCGCAACUGCCUUUCGAGAUUCGUGAACAAAUAUGGAAAGAACUCGCCUUGGCCACUCUCUGGCCACUCUCGUCAACGUGCAGGGUCCAAAUACGGAUGGUCCCUGCCGCGUGCAGGUUGAAAGCUUAGGAUACAACGAAAUCCUUCACUCGGAUUUGACCACCAUCCCGCCGCUUUUCCGAGAAUUCCUGUACGCAACUCGCCGCGUGGUCAUCUUCGCUAUGCCCUCCAGAGAGGCUCUCCGCAACUUCUCCGAGCUCGUUGGAGCCCAUUACGGAUCCGACCCGUCACUUGUACCAAGACUUCAAGUUGAGAUCAAACUAUUCUCGACAAAGGACAUGGAAAGCGCACUGAGUUUAGGCGCAUGGAAGGAUAUUGAUACACCACAUGGAUAUUGCCAAGGGGCAUACGAACACGUCGAAGAAUGGAUGGACGCAUCCAAAAGCUGUCGGCGGCACUGCAUAUCCACAUCAUCAUGCUUCAACCUUGGAGAGACUUUCGCAAGCUCCGUGGCCUUACCAGGCCUUUGAGGGAAUUUAACCAUCGAGUGGAGGUGAACGUUAGGAAAGAAAGUUGGGACGGGUUCCCAAACACUCAAUUUUUAAUGAGAAUUUUUAUUCGCACACAGAUACAGUUCCCCUUGACUAAACCACAAGACAAACCAAUAUACC